AUGCGACCCGUCAAAAUUUUCGGCCUCGUGACAUUUGAUCAAUUGCCGUACAGCAAUGAUCGUUUUACUGCUUGGGUGCAAGUGAAGGAAGGCUCAUUCUACCUCUUAUCAGCGAGAGAACUCUUAGAUAGAAAAUUGUACUUGACGGAGGCAACGUUUCCCCAGCUCUGGUUCGAUGUGAAGAACGUCACGAAACGGCUGAAGUUUGAUGAGUAUACGAAAGACCUGCUCGAGAGGAGUCUAUCCGAUGCCCUGAGUCGGAAGCUGAGAGAGUUCAUGUAUCUUUACAAAAUACGUAUCGAGAACGAGCUCCGCUUCCUGACUGUGAGAGAGGAAGCGUUCUUCAAGGAAUUCGAGAUGGCACACCAUUCGGAUAACACACCGAGCCACAAGAACCUUGGACUCAAACAUGAAGGCAGAGGUGAUGCUGGGCCGGAAGACACUCAGAGGAACGCCACCGUCUCGAGCACGAAUGAAACGACUUCCGAGAGUUGGCCAUCGACCGAGCCCGAAAUGGGAGUUUCUAUCUCCGGAAGUGAUUCAAACAGCACUACACAAGGCAUGAUUGGAACGACGAACAGUCCGGGCACCACCGAUGACACGUCAGACAGCAGUGAGAGGGCUGAAACGAGAACCCCUCAGGAGGACUCGAGAACCACUGAGGUAGACCUGGGCGACAAGGGGAAUGAUCCGGGAACUCAGGAGGAGGACUCUGGAGGAGCCGGCGAAGAUUCUGAGAGCCUGAAGCAAUACUCCGAAGAUGACGCAGAGGACGACUCCGACGAAGACCUGGAGAAUCCUCAGAAAGACCCGGAGGGCGCAAAUGAAGGAAGGGAAGCCGCGGGCAGACCUAGAAGGAAUCGCAAAAGUCCAAGAAAUAAGGACGGGAGAGAACCCAGAGCAGAGGGGAGCAAGACAACUGUUCCGAGGGAUUCUAGAAAAGCCCCACGACGAGAGAGCUCGCGGACAGGGGCCGAGAAAGGUAAAGGAGGUUCUCGGAGGCGACCCGGACAGUCCGAAAAGAGCAAGAGAGAUCCGGGGAGCCGCGGGAAACAGUCUGAGGAAGCUCUCGUAAACUCUGAGAGAGAGCCUGAAUUCGCCCCAAAAGAGAAUCUCGCCUUCCGAGGGGACCCCGAACUCUCUGAAAAAUAUUCCGGAACCGCUCGGAACAAUCUUGGUGGUAACAAGACCGGGAGCGGGGCCUCUCAGAACGAACUCGAACGUUCUGAAAAUAAUUCUGGAAUUUCUCGAAAAGAUCGGGCGCGUUCGGGAAUCGACGAUAGAGAUUCGGAGCGUCCCGGAAACGCCCCGAAGGAUUCGGAACGUACCGACAGUGACCUGGAGGAGAAUCCGGAUGACCUUCAGGGGGACUCAGGACGCCCUGAUGAGAAUAUCGGAGGUUCUAGGAAGGAUCUUGCGGGGGAGAAGGGUGGCCGAGCACCGGACGGUGAUGACGACGACAGAGCAGAUGCAGACAUCGACUCCAAGAAUGUCGAAGAGGAGGCGAAAGGCAUCAAGAGAUAUGACGAGGGCGCCGUUCCUGGCUCGUCGAAAAAUGGAAGCGAGUCAGAACGCUCAGAGAAGGUUCCGGGGGACAAGGAGGAGGAUAAAAGCAAGGCGGGAGAAAACUCGCAAGGAGAAACAGGCACGGUCAAGCAAGACUUGGGGAAUUCGACGGAAAUCGCGGAAAGCUCUGCUGGAAUACCAGAAAACACGUCCACAUACUCGAGCGUUGGCGGAGCUUCGGAGACAUCCAACUCUACCGGACCUCCGAAUAGCGGUACAACGAGCAACCCCGGAGAUCCGGUUGGGAAUGGAACGAUUGCCCCAACGCCAUCGGAGGGUCAAUCCGUCGGUCCCGGUGCGGAUUCUAUGGGAGAACUCGGAAUGGUUUCCACUGAUAGGAGCUCCACAGACACGGGUACAGAGAAUACGACGGAAGCUCCCAGCAACGGUACGCCGCCGUCGGUCGCUGCGGAUAAUCUGCCUUCGACGGGAACUAUGAGUCAAGUCCUCGUCGACUCUGGACCAGCGACAGAUGGAGCCUCCAAAAACGGUAUUCUCAUGACCGAUAACGACGUGGUAACCCCACCGACACUCAAUGGAAGAAGCUUGAGCUUCGGGGCUACGCUGUGCACCGUCAUGCAAGAUUCGAGCAAGAAGCGAUCGGGAAUCACUUGUUUGAAACUUGUACUGACGGUAGUGAACGCCGUCGUGCUAUUAUGCGAGAUAGUCCUCGUCGGUUCCGUCAUCUAUUUGACCGCAAGUGAAAAAACCACCUUGGUGGACAGUUUCGGUCAGAACACCUACGAGAUCUCCUUCGGAGCGGUGAUCGGUGUCGGUGUCAUGGUCAUUCUGAUCACUCUUCUAGGCGCUGUAGGUGCAAUCAAUGAGAACGCUUUUCUUCUGAAAAUCUACUCCACGCUGAUGCUCAUCUUUCUGAUUGGCGAAGUUGGAACGUUGGCAUACACUGCCACACAAAUCGAAGCGACGUCGAAAUACACAGAGAUGGCCCUCUAUGAAAGUCUGAAAGUCUACAACAGCAGCAAGGUCGUGACCCGAGCGUGGGACGUGUUUCAGAGAAAAAAUGAAUGUUGCGGCAUGCGACCGUCGUCAAAUUCUAUGGUAGCGCCGCACCUGGCGUUCGCUCGGGCGAACAUGACUUCUCUGGUGCCCGAAUCGUGCUGUCUCCCCGACCUUCCGAAGAUAAAUAUGCAGAAGUGUCUGGGGGGCUCCCGGAACUUCAUUCACAAAGCCGACUGUUACGUGGUCUUGAAGGAGCGUUUAUCGCAAAGUUACUCUGUGAUUGCGGGAAUCGGCGCCGUAAAAAUCGUCAUCACGGCUAGCGCCUUAAUCCUGUCCGUGGUUGUUCUCUUGUCUGUUUAAAAAGGCGGCGGAAGUAAAUCAAUUGGAGUAGUCGGCUCCGAUGGCCUCCGAUACCGUCGAUCGAGUUCGUGAGGAGUGCGGGAAAAGA